UGACCGGUGGCCCAAGGUCCUACUUCUAUCCAUCAGUCCUCGUGUACCUUCCAGAUCAUCCUUGCAGCUCAGUAGCCUGGGGUCCUCUUGGAGGCACGAGCAGGUGAGUCUUGCGACUAUGAAGGUUAAGGUCAUCCCUGUGCUUGAGGACAACUGCAUGUACCUGAUCAUCGAAAAGCACACGUGGGAGGCUGUGGUGGUGGAUGUCGCUGUGGCCAAGAGGGUGAGGGCCCUGUGCCACCACUGCCUACCCCCUCUGUUGCUGGAGAUUGCAGGCCGGGAGGGGGUGUUGCUAACUGCCGUGCUGACUACCCAUCACCACCGGGACCAUGCGCAUGGGAAUGAGGAGCUGACACAGCUGCAGCCAGGGCUGGCGGUGAUGGGUGCAGAUAAGCGCAUCUGUGCACUGACUCGAAAGCUGGCACAUGGAGAGGAGCUUCAGUUUGGGGCCAUACAUGUCCAAUGCCUGCUAACACCCGGCCACACCUCUGAUCACAUGAGUUAUUUCCUAUGGGAGGAUGAGUGUCCAGAUCCACCUGCCCUCUUCUCAGGGGAUGCACUGUCAGUGGCUAGUUGCAGCUGGCACCUGGAGGGCAGCACCCAGCACAGGUACCAGAGCCUUGCUGAGACCCUGGGCACCCUGCGCGCCCCCCAGACGAAGGUAUUCUGUGGCCAUGAGCACACACUAAACAACCUCGAGUUUGCAGAUAAAGUGGAACCCUGCAGCAACCAAAUGAAAGCCAAGCUGUCCUGGGCCUGAAAAAGCGAUGAAGAUGACAUGCCCACUGUACCCUCAACCCUGGGAGAGGAGUUCCUGUACAAUCCUUUCCUGAGGGAAGGAGAGGAGCCAGUGCAAGAGUUCACAAUCCGCACAGCCCCUGCGGAAGUCCUGGAGGUGCUCUGUGGGGAGCGAGCAGCCUUCCAGCAUGCUGCUGAGCCACUGCAACUUCAGGGGCCAGCUCUCCUUGCGUUGCAGGGGGGACUGCUGGGUGAACCUGGGCAGAAAUAACCCACAAAGGGAGCCUGCUUGCCUCGUGCCCCUCUGACUGACUGGACCCACUUGAGGAUGGCCUGUGGAACCCUCCUGAGGCCCUGCCCAGCCAGCCACCCAAUCUUAGAAGAACAGCAAAUGGUGCUGUUGCUUACUGGGGUACAGGGAAGACCUCUGUAGGGCUUUGUGGGCCUGAGAUAGGCCACCAGCCAGGACUCUGAACCCUGAAUAAAGCUCUGAAAGACUU